AUGGAGCGUAAGGGCCUACUCAUUACUUAUCUCAUCAUCCACUUAUCACCCCUAAAAACUCUACCACUGAACUGCGAACUAUUAUCUACUUCGCGUUUCGUCUUGCCACCUGACUUGUUCGGAAUACUUCUAUUCCGAAUACCAAAAAUUAUUAUUGUUGCGAAUGUUGAGAAAGCACUGAUAAAGAUGUUGCAAGAUUUAUAUGGUUGA